AUGAAUUCACUGUGGUCCCGUCUCAACAUCUUAUCGGCUCUUUCUCCAAAACAGUCUUGCCGUAGUGUGCAAAACACUAUUCCCCAACCAACCAAUGCUUGUGAAAAUGCACCACACCUUGCCGAAACAAGCAUGAAUCCAGAAAGUUCAAAUCAGGAAAACAUAUAUACUGAUAUGUAUACAUCCAGUCCAAUCAGCCCAAUUAAUGAUCCAAGAAUCCCUGCUUCACCAAUCUCGUCCCUGAUUGAGGCAGUUAGGAUACUACAGUCUGGAAAGCAAUGCGACUCUACAGUAUCAACCAUAUAUACUGCAGAGUCCAUUGCACCAGAUUCAGCAGUGACUGGUCAUUCAUCAGGACCCGUUGAGCAUUAUACCGAUGCUCAAGCAUCUAUGCUGUCAUACAGCUAUGCUAAACGGGUUUUGGCGUGUGACAAACCGCCUUUUGAAACUCGGUAUAAAGCUGACCAGAUGCAGUACACAAGCAGUAAGCUUCCCGGUGAGGUUGAUAGAUCAAAAGUGUGGCAGCACAUGUCAUGA